CCGGUGGCUAACGAAGCAGCAAGCAGGACUGACAAAGCAAAGUAGCUUCUACAACACAAAAGUUUACUGUGGUUUGAACCGUUCAGAUAUACCGUUGAACAACAUUUGAUUUGCAAGCAAAAAUGGCCAAAAUUGUCUGUCUUUUUGCUCUUGUAGCCCUCGUACAAGUCGCUACCGCCUUGGAUUGCUAUUCCUGCGACGCUACCACGUGUGCCAUGGACCAAAGCAAAUGGCAAAAGGUGCCCAAGUGUGGAAACAGCAUUGACAGUACUGUCAAUACUGGGGCUUGUUUGAAGAGGCAAUUCAUUGACAAACAAUCCAACAAAGAAGUGACAACCAGAAAAUGCGUGAUCGCCAACAAAGACGCCAACAACAAAGUGACAUUCACCUGCGACGAGAAAGACGGCAAGAACGUCUUCUGCGAAGUGUGUAACGACAGCAACCUUUGCAACUCAGCAUCGUCGGUCAGCUUCAGCUUCGUUGCUCUUAUGGGAGUAGUAGCUGCAGUAUUUAUCCCCAGAUGCUUGUAGAAACUGUAUCUAUAGGGCUGUUCUUAAUAAUUGGUUCAUCAAACACGUGAAAAACAUAAAAAUAAUAAGUCUGAAUUGAACAGCCAAAAUGUUUUUAUUAGUUUGUAAAACUAUAGAGUGCUAUUUUUGAUUUUUAUAUAAAAGAGUUACUUAUGUGUAUCAUUUUAUUAAAGCUAUAAAUGUUGUGUGGGAUUGGAUUGUAAUGUUAGAUCAUAGAAGCACAUUAGAGUUUUUCUUUUGGAAAUUUUGUAUUGAAAGAUUUUGUUACCUUUUUAUUAUCACAUUAUAAAUUUUAUUUUCACGUAGCAAUACAUUAUUUAUUUUAUGUUAUAAAUAAAUGUUAGUUUGUAUGAUGUUCGGCGUUUUCAUUUUUACAUUAAUUUAUAGUCCCUAUAACCCCUCCUCAGGCCAUAAAUCUAAUUUAUAGUUGGUAAAAAAACGGGGGUGAAU